AUGGUGUUUGUGAAUGAUAGGUGGGCAAAAACUAGAUUUUCAAAAGAAACUCUUGGAAUUAAUGCACUUAAAAUUGUUACAAGUAGCACAUUUUGGGAAGAUGUUGAUUAUGCUUGUAGUGUGCUGAAGCCUUUAGUUAAGGUUGUAAGGUUGGUGGACAUCGAGCGCAAACCUACAAUGCCUUCUUUUUAUGAUGCAGUAAGGAUAGCAAGGAAUCAACUAGAGGAGAAAUUCAGUGAAGAUGAUGAUAUGUGGGGUGUAAUUAAGGCUUGCUUUGAGAAAAUAUGGAAGAAUAACUUUAAUCAUGCUCUACAUUGUGCGGCAUACUAUUUGAAUCCUUCCAUAUUCUACACUAUUGAAGCUUAUGAAAUGGAUAGUGAUCCAAAGUACAUAGAAAUAAAAAGCGGACUUCAUACAGCAAUGCAAAGGCUUAUACCAAUGAAGAUGAACUUGAUGCUGCUACGGAUAGAUUUUAUAACUACUUUGUUUAUAUUUAUAACAGAUGAAUGGUGGAUUACAUUUGGAGGAAUCGAUGCGCCAAACCUACAAAAAUUUGCAAUCAGAGUAUUGAGUCUUACUUGUUCUGCUUCCCCAUGUGAGCGAAACUGGAGCACAUUUCAAAAUGUUCAUGGUGAUUAUGUAACUUUUGAUGAUUUGCAAGAGAUAGUUAGUGAAGAACGUGGGACUGUUGGUAGUAAAGGUGCCAGUAGUUCUCGAAGUAAGUCUAUGUAUCCAACUAACUCGGAGUAUGAUGGAUAUGAUACUGAUGACUUGAUGUUGGACACUCAAAAUGGGCUACUCGGUGGUAUCGGGAAUGAUGGAGUUACUUUAGAUGAUGAUAUCUAUGAUGAAUCAAAUUAUAUUGAUUAG